UCUGCUUUUCAGGUUCACACUCUUCACCUUCUUUUCCUCUACCUCAACCAAACUACCACCUUCUCUGUUAACAAGAAGAAAUCGAGGUCUAUAAAGAAACACUAAAAAUGAGACCAAUUAGCAGCGUUAACACAGUAGAAACAGCAGCUAUGCCCUCAAUGUCACCACCAGCAAUGGGGCAACCACGCUCUCCAUGGCACUCUCCCGUGCCUUACCUCUUUGGUGGCCUAGCAGCGAUGCUGGGCCUCAUUGCUUUUGCUCUCUUGAUCUUAGCUUGUUCCUACUGGCGGCUUUCUGGUCGUUUGGACAACAACAGUGAAGGAGGUGAUGUCGAAAGGGAUGUCGAAAGUGGUGAAAAUGAGGGCGACUCAACCAAGCAGGUGAAGGUUUAUGAGGAGAAGAUUCUGGUGAUAAUGGCCGGUGAAGAGAAACCCACGUUCUUGGCUACCCCUGUAAUUGUAUGCACUAAAGCUUCCUCUUUCGGUGGUAAUAUAAAUGGCAAGGUUGAUGAUGACAAGGAAGGAUCAAAGAAAGACGAAAGUGGCGAGAAAGUGAAAGGAGAGAUGAGUGGCGAUGACGACGACGACGACGACGACGAUCAACAAUUUCCAACAGUAACAGACAACUCUGAAAACCAUGACAACCAUGACAGCCAACCAACCCCAGACCAAAAUCAAACCAGUGAGCUUAGCUCUUAGUUGCUUACUUGCUUUCCUUUUUCUUUUCUUUUUUUCAAUUUGGUCCCUCUUCGCAGAGGGUGAGAGAAAUUUCACUUUUUUUCUUCUUCUUCUUCUUUUUUCCUUUAUCUUUUUUGCUUGAUUGCUUUCUCUGUCCAGAGAAGUUGUUCGAUUUUGAUAGUCGGAAAAUGUAAAUUUUGAUGAGAACAUAAAUUAGAAGUGAGUGAGUUCUCUUCCCAAA